CCUAGUGUGCUUCAUCUUAUAAACUUUGACCUAAUGUGCUCUCGGUUCUGCGGGUCACACAGCCAGCGGGUUCACAUGAAUUCACAAACACAAUCAGCAGUACAUUCCCUCUUAAUGCGCAAUUACGCACGGUCCCUCUCUGGCACGUUUGUCUGCAUUCAGUACAGCGCGCUCAAAUGACCAGCAGAUUUCCAUGGUAAUUACUUAAGAUGUAUGUGAGUGUAGACAUAAAGUGAUUAGCUGUCUUCAAGUUCUCUGACACGCGUUUUGACGUCACAUGCCAACUUUUGUUAAAGAUCUGCGCGCACGGCGGGUUGGGAGUUUCUGCAUGGUUGCAGCCGCAGGACCCAGGUCGGGUAUCUGCCCGCUUUACCACACACCAUCAGGUACACAACCCGGGAUUUAUGGAUCGGCGUAGCUGAGGACGUGCCCACGGCGCGCCACAUGUGAUUUAUUAGCACCCUGAGAUGUAAGUGUGUUUUGAUGUGAAUCUGCUGGUGGAGAGAAAAUGACACAUUCUUCACACCAACGCAGACACAUCUGUGCGCGUCCAUGUCACCACUGGACACUUCUAAAACACGUCCAUGGAUAAAAAGAACCACCGGGCACCAGGAUGGUUGUUGUGGGAUCGAGUAACGGAACUUUCUCUACUGACAACUUGAGAUCCGCCUUCAUGAUUGAAGACAAAGUCAGUGGUGGGGACCCUGGCAUCUUCACCAAUAUGGUGAUCUCUGAAGCUCUGGCAUCUCGGCUGCUAAAAAUUGCGCAGGACGCCGCAGAGGCGGCAGCAGCGGCCACUUCUCCAUCCUCCUCCAGUCAGCCGCAGGUCAUGGAGACGAACGGGACGCGCUGCGGGGAGCAGAUCCUGAGCUACGGCCGCGUGGAGAAGGUCCUUAUCGGCGGGGUGCUCACCAUGCUCACGCUGUCCACCAUCUGCGGGAACUUGCUGGUGGUCAUCUCGGUGUGCUUCGUGAAGAAGCUGCGCCAGCCCUCCAACUACCUGAUCGUGUCUCUGGCCCUGGCGGACCUGUCCGUGGCGCUGGCCGUGAUGCCGUUCGUCAGCAUCACAGACCUGAUCGGCGGUCAGUGGAUAUUCGGACAGUUUUUCUGCAACGUUUUCAUCGCGAUGGAUGUGAUGUGCUGCACCGCGUCCAUCAUGAGUCUGUGCGUAAUCAGCAUUGACAGGUACCUGGGCAUCACAAAGCCUCUGACGUAUCCUGUUCGCCAGAACGGCUGCUGCAUGGCCAAGAUGAUCCUAUCAGUGUGGCUGCUCUCCGCCUCCAUCACACUCCCCCCGCUCUUCGGCUGGGCACAGAAUGUCAACGAUGGCAGAGUUUGCCUCAUCAGCCAAGACUUUGGAUACACCGUCUACUCUACGGCUGUGGCCUUCUACAUCCCCAUGUCGGUCAUGUUAAUCAUGUACUACAGGAUCUACAGAGCAGCUAAACUCAGCGCGGCCAAGCACACAAUUACUGGCUUCCCCAGGGCCAGGGAGCACCGUGCAGGGGCGGCCCACAGAGGGGGGAAAGGGGUGCACGAGCCCCGGCAGGUAUCAGAAUCAGGAGAGACGGGGAGUGUUGAACCCACAGAGACUGACCAAUGUGAAGAGGAGGCUGAGGAGGAGAUUCUGGACUGCGUGGCAGCAGCAAUGAAGCUGCAGCGGGAGGUCGAGGAAGAGUGCAGCAGCCGCGUCUCCCGCCUACUAAAGAGUGGUGAGCACCACCAGCGACGGAAGAGGAAGAACCAGUCUAUCUUCAAACGGGAGCAGAAGGCCGCGGCCACUCUGGGCAUCGUCGUUGGCGCCUUCACUUUCUGCUGGCUGCCGUUCUUCCUGGUGUCCACCGCCAGGCCAUUUGUCUGCGGUGUGGAGUGCAGCUGCGUGCCGCUGUGGCUGGAGAGGACUCUGCUGUGGCUCGGGUACGCCAACUCACUCAUCAACCCCUUCAUUUAUGCGUUUUUCAACCGCGACCUGAGGACCACCUACAGCAACUUGCUGCGCUGCCGCUACAGGAACAUCAACAGGAAGCUGUCAGCGGCUGGUAUGCAUGAGGCUCUGAAACUGGUGGAGAAGCCAGACACUGAUGCCUGAAGCGGCGCCGCUGCCAAUCAGUAGGGCUGCAAAAACACACAGAGGGUCUCAAAGGGCGGGACAAACCCUCCACACUGCCAAACUGAUUAUUUCCUCAAUAUAUGUGAAAGUUGCUGAAGCGAGAGGAGACAGGAGGCUGACAGAUGCACAUUAAGGUGCACAGAGGAAAGGAGUGUUUAGGGAUGUCUGAACCAGAUUGUAAGGUUUAGCAGUUUAAAGCUGACUGGAUUUUUGGACAGUGGCUGCUGCCUGGUUAGAUAGCCCUCUGCACAAAGCUGGCCGAGCUGCAUGCUGGCUUUAUUCUCCUCUGUUUGAAUGGGUCAAAUCCACCAGCUCACUUCUAGUUGCCUUUUAUUUGUCUGAGUUUGAGCCACAGGGAAUAAAAAAGGGGCUCAUUUGGCCCACCACCAAGCAACACCAAGUAUAUUCAGCUCUCUGGUUUUUUGGUUCUUGCGGUGACUUCUGUGUUCUACGAGCUUCUUUUAAGCGUACAACUGACACCAGGACAAACAAUGAUUGACGUGUAAAAAGUGUAAUUAAUGUACAGAUGAAUAUUCGGCUGUUUCUGUUCGGAUCUGUUAAUUGAGGGUUUAGCUGCUUAUUUGUUACUGUGCUUAUUGUAUACUCAAGUAUAGUUUGUUGUGUAUAUCUACUGAUCCAUGACCUUUGUGACAGGCAGCUCUCUUAUGAAUAAUGUAGUACUUAUUUAUUGUGAAAUAUUAGCACAGCCCUGUAAAGCCUACAACCUGGGGCUAAAGAAAGAAAUGUGCUUGUGCCUUUUCCUGCUUUGUCCUUCGUGUUUUGGUUGCAGGGCACAACAACCUCAUUCUGUAGUCAUGACCUUUGUGCUUCAGAAUCAGUACAACAUCUUUUCUUUGCUGAACUCUACACCACAAGAGAAAAAGAUGCUGAUUUAACUCAUUUAGAACUAAGUUAUUGUGACCAAUGCAUUAGCACUGAAGCACGUUUAUUAAUGUUCAACAUGUUCUUUUCAAUUAUUUAGUUUCUGACACAGUUAUUAGUUUAUUACUCCUCCCAAAACAAUGAAAUCUAAAGCAACUCAAAAAUGACUGAGGAAUAUUGCUGAUAUAUCAAACAAAGGUAACAAAUGAAGCUAUUUCUAGAAUUCAAAUAUUAUUUUGGUAAAAGUGGUGAUAAAAUCUCUGUGGAGCUCCACAGCUCAGCUAUACUUUACAUUCAGGUCACAGAAAGCUGGAGUUUACCUGAAUGAACUGGCAUUUGGAAAACCUUGCUCACAGUUUACGAUUUUCCCACAGAAUAUUCAGUGAUUAUGUCUCGCCGUACAUUCACACAGAAACAUUUUUUAACUGUCUCCACAGUUAUUUCGGUCUCCACGUGUACAGUUUAUAUAUCUAUUUCUAGAUAUUAUUGUCUACUUUCACCCAGUGUGUCUCCUGUUGCUAUAGGACCAGUUCUCUAUAGAAAAUGUCCUGAAGCUGCCGUGCAUAAAACCUUUGAGACACUAGAGUUCACGGGUCAGGCCAGUAGACGGUUCUGUCACUCACGCUGAAGAUAGCAUAAAGUUUUCACACAAUUACUUUUUUCUUUAAGGUUACAGUCUAAGAGUGAUGCAGAGGGAUUCACUUUAACAACCGAUUAUAUAAGUCCCAGGUUCUGGUUCUGGUUCUUACUCAGCGAGCUCCUCUUUUCUACAUUAACCUAUCAUGGCUGCCAUAUAGACCCACUGAUUUAAUUAUGUUAAAUUUAAGAUCUAAAAUAGGAGACUCUGUUCAAUUCAGUAAUUUCAAACAGGAAAAGGUUCAAACUGGACUUCCUGUACGGCCCGUAGUCACUCGUUAAAACCAGAAUCUAUCGCUGUCACAAGUUAGAUUAGGACCUUGAAAGAAUAAAGAUAAUAUACCUCUAAUGUUUGGGCAGAAUCUGUCCUGGCAAACCUUAGAAUUGCUCCGGACAUUUUUCCUUUUCUGUAACAGUGGCUGGACUUUUGAAGGUUGUAUGUUUAAUGAAAAAUCUCAAAAACGUGAUUCACAACCUGACGCAAGGUUCUCCCAGUUGCACCUUCAAAAAAAUCACAAAAUGCCAGAUUUAACAGCUGCAUGUUUUACAUUUCAGGUUGAGUUUAAAAUGCCAAAUAUGUUUUUUAUCAAUGAUGCUGAAAAACAAUCUGCUGGAAGAAAUUCUCUCCAAACGACCAACACCAAAGUUACUGUGAUUAGAACAAUGGAAAAUGACUCUUAAUUAAAGCCAGGACACCAGUCCCUCUGUCCAGCUACUUCCUUCCCCAUAAUGGUUUGUUUUCUUCGAUUCAGCAGGAUGUAAAAACUACACAUCGAGAUGGAGAACAGGAUGAUUCUCUAUUCAGGUUGGAUUAAUGGCUACAAACGACCCCAGGAUAUCAAUUACUUUUUAAAGCACAUUUAGUUUAGAUUCCAAACCAAGAGUCGGAGCUUAAAUUUAAAAAAUAUAUAGAUUCUAUUAAUUGGAUCUGAAGACAAAUGAGCUGCUGUGUGUUUGUCUGUGUCUGGAUUGUGUUUGAAGUAGCGCAGUAAAAAUGCUGUUUAUGGUUCAUUUUUAGAAUACAGUUGAUCUUUUGAGUAAAACAAUCGAAGAGACUGGAGUUUUACCCCCCUGCUGUCUGGGCUGUGCAAAUUCCUCCUCAUUAACGGGACAUUCUGCAGCAGGAGCUGGAGCAUUACAGGGUGGAAAAAUCUGUUUCUGCUGAGGACAAGGAUCUCUGUAACUGAGUCUGUCGCUUGUUCUUUAAUCAUUAACUAAAGCUGCUGUGUGCAGGAACUAAAAAUUAAAAAAAGCAAUGAAGCUGCUGAGCUUCAAUAACUAAGUGGGACAGAAUCAGAGUCUGUUAAAUAAAGCUGAAAUCUUCACAUUUAAACUCGGUUCUCCACAAAAAAAAAAUAAAUAUUAUUUCUGUCUUAGAUUAUUUAUUUCUGCAGGAAUCAGGGCUGCAGACUCCACAGUAAAGGCCAGUUGUUCUGGUGGGUUAUGGUCGGUGAAAUGUUCACAGAUCGGUGCAGUCAUACAUCAGAACCUCUGAACUGUACUCGCUGUAGGCUCAGAGCCAUAAUGGCUGUGGUCCAUGUACUGCCACAGCAGAUCUGGAGACUGGUUGCCAGCCGACACACACAGGGAUGUGUGUUUCAAGGAGAAGUAUUUCAAAUCUCUGCUCAGUUUGAAGCAUGCAUUCACCAGUCUCCAUGGUCUGAAGAGCUACGGUGUGGUGGAGAUGUUGAGUCACCAGACCAUAGAUACAGACCUGUGUUUCUUUGCAGAAGAUGACUAUCAGGCUUGUUCCAAUAACCUUGUUUGUGGUGAAUAAGCUACGCUGAGCUUCAUUUAGUAGAAGUAGCAAAGCUGAAACAAAACGUGGAGGAAAACAGAACAUUUGCUGAUCACUAUAUCUUCAGAUGGAGUCUCCACCAUCGAUCACCGGCUUACUCCCCAGCCUAUCCCUGACACAAACCCUCUGCUUAUUCUCCUUUUCUACAUUUUUUAACCUUAUCUGUGGUCUUCCUCUUUUACUCAAAUCUGGCAGCUCCACAUUCAGUAUUGUCUUUCUGUUAUAUCCGCUGUUCUCCACCUGCACAUUCCCAAACCAUCUCACCCUUAAAGACAAAGCUGCCGUCACUGUGGCAACCGUAUGGGGUAAAGAAAGAAACAAAAUGUAUUUUAUAUUUAUGUGCUUAAAUCUUAGUGUUUACCGUGUAGACAUCCCACAAUCCAUUGUGUUUCCUUCUGCUCCAAAGCUCUUUAUAAAGCCAACUGAUAGAUUAUUUUUAUUCGAUGUCAAAAACCUGCAUCAAUAAAAACAAUUAAAUAAGAUGUUGUAGCUGACAAUUACUCUUAUUAAAAUAAAUUUUCUAUUUAGUUAAAAAUGAAAAGAUUUAGCAAACACACCAAAAAUAUAAUAAUAAAUCUAUCACUUAUAACAAUCAAUUAGAGCAUCCAGGACAAAACAACCAAGAUCAAUGUCAGAACUGCGCCUUGAUUAAUCAGGCUGUGUGUGUGACAUGUGCUUGUACCAAGACGUCAUUCAGAAAAGAUUACAGUGAAAAUUUGUCAGAUUUUCUUACUGUGUUUUUACCAAGCAUAAUUGUUUUUAACAGGAUUUUACAUGCAGCACUUUGUGUCCUAAACAAGCCAUUUUUGAGGUGCAACUGUGCUGUUUUACUGUUAACCUACUUGUGUAUUGUCUGAAAAAUGACUAAAUGUCAUCAACAUCACUGAAAGAGAAAUGGUUAAAAAGAGGAAGAAAGAUCAACUAUGAAUUCAUCUCCUCCUUGUGGCAUGAGCUGGGUUUCCUGACCCAUAAAAUACAACACAUGGACGUUUAUCCAGGUCAUAUAUGCUUUGAUUGUUUUAGGCUUUCAGUGAUUUAUUUGAAUCAUUCUUUGACAGGAUGGAGUCCUUCUUCAACAUAUCCCGUCAUGGAUUUUUAAAAGCAGGAUUUGGGUGUAGAAGGUUGAAUUUAUUGGAGAUUUUCACGUAUCCAAACAUGGUCUAAAACAGUCCUUAGCAAGUUACAACUUGACUAGAAGUCUUCUGCAACCAUCAGGAAGCUCCUGGCAUCAUUCUGGUUGUCUUUUUGUCAGAAUUAGUUGAAUUAAUUAGAACUCAGCUUUAGAUCAUCGUCCAGGUUGUGUUUGGGGCUUUUUUAAAAAGCUCAACGUUAACCUACCUUCACCUAAGCUAAGGUGAAGUUGAAGAUUUUGGCUGAAGUCGUCCUUCAUUAUUCUAUCCACUGUGUACGAUGGAUUUUGGACUCCUUCAGACAUUCUCCUUGCCUCUUUUGACUAUAAAAUGAAGUGUUUCUGGCUUUUGCAUGUGGACAGCUGCUGUCUGUAUUGGACCAAGGUCUUCUCCUUGGUCAACACCUUCUUAGUCCAUAAUAAUGUAAAACUGGCUCCACUGUGAACAGGAACGCUGGGGUUCCAGCAAUUUCCAGCCAACAGCAGGGUUAAUCUGUGCUUGUUCCUGGGUUAUUUCUGAACAUCCUGAUCAGUUUCCUUUGAUAAGGGGUGAGCAGCUCAGAUCUUCUUAGCAGUCUUAGCAAAGUAGAUUUACAUCUGAAUAAUUUGGACUGAUGUGCAAUGGUUUGCAAUCGGGAGAAUGGGAUUAGCAUUGCUUUCCCAAAAUCAGCAAUUCCUUCGGAGAUCCUCAGAAUUCAUUGAACCUUCCUAUUGUUCUGAGUACUGCUCGGUCCAGUAAGUACUGCCAAACAUUUGCUUUUUUAUGUUGGAACAAGAAUGUACAGCUGCACUCAAUCAGAAAUUCAAAUGAUCCUAGCCGUUGUAUGCUGUAUGGUCCCUCCACCCUGGAGAAAGAAUGGUUUAAAUAAUUAAAAGCUCAAAAUGAAGAUAUUCAUGUCAGGAAAUCUUCUGACUGUAACUGUAUCAAUAAAUAUUUAUUAACAAUAAAAUAUGUUUUUCAGAAUGUU